GGUCGCCAAAAAUGGCACCGUCCAAGAAGAAACAUGCCGCUAGCCAGGCUAGCAUUAUUCCGGGAGGAUUUACAGUCUUAUCUCUACAAUUCACGUCUGACAGUGCUGCACAGCACAAUCUGUGUGUUAAGGAGCACAGAGUGCGAGAAGAGAAGUCUUCCCACAGACCCCUGGACAGAACAUUGUUUGUGCUCAACGUCCCUCCAUAUUGUUCACAUGGCAUUGUAAAAGAAUUAUUCUCGCAGUUUGGAAUUGUUCAGUCUGUGGAGUUGAGGGACCAUCCGGGUUCCUCUGACCGCACUGGACCCAAGCUGACCAAGUUCUUCAAACCAGCUGAAAAGCAGGGUUUUAAAGUUGGUUACGUCGUGUUCCAAGAUGCCUCUAGUAUCUCGGCAGCCAAGUCACAUCCUUAUAAUGUCCCAUUGGUAGCCUCCAAACAACAAAAUCCAGUGAGGACAGGUGUACAAAAAUGGAUUCAGCAAUAUAGAGAGACAUUUGUUCAGCCAGAAAAACUCCAAGAAACAGUUGAUUCCUUCAUGCAACAGUAUGACAAGAGGAAAGAGGAGGAAGCUGAGCGACAGAAGGAGGAAGCUGAGAAGCAACGGGAGGAUGAAGAGGGUUGGGUGAAAGUCAAAAGAGGUAACAAGGCCGUUAAAGCCCGCCCUCACACUGAGGCAGCCAACCAGAAGGCUCUUCAGAGGGAGAUCAGGAAGAAGAAGAGGAAGGAGCUUAUGAACUUCUACACUUGGCAGCACAAAAACACACAGAAAGAACAUAUUGCGGAACUAAGAAAAAAGUUCGAGGAGGACAAACAAAGAAUAGCUUUGCUGAGAGCACAGAGGAAGUUUCGACCUUACUGAGCUACCUUCAAAUUCCUUUUCACUCACCCCCCAUUUUUCAGCGUUUUGUUAAAUUGGUUUAUCUGAAUAUUUCAGUGUAAUAAAUCCUAUUCGGUAAGAUCUGACUUCUUACUUGAAUACCACUACAUACUCUUGACACAAUAAGGUAUGGUUUAUACACGGGGAAAUUAUUUUGUAAGUAGGGGAGGAUGGCUUCGGGUAUAGCAAGCCUUAAUAAUGAUGACCUUAUGCUAAAUUAUAUUGUUGUUACAAAUAAGAUGAGAUAUUACAAUUUUCCAACAAACUGUCAACAUACAGUUGCAAGAAGUAUAGGUUUCAACGCACUGUUUAGUAAAGAAAAGUGUGAGAAUAGUGAAUUAAUAUUUUGAGCAAUC